AUGAUGGAGAAGGCCGAUCCCGCCCACAAGCUGUUCAACAGAAUGCGACUGUGGGAAUUCCCCGACCAGUACGUGGUGGAGCCCACCGACGGCUCAUCUGCUCCGUUUCUGGUCAUCAGCCGCCUUGAUGGAUCCAUGAAUCUUACCGAGGACAUAACGGACUACGCGAAGUUUCAUGUUCCGAGAACUUGGACGAUAUAUGGUGUGGUUGGGACAGUCAAGCUGAUUGCAGGUUCAUACUUGUUGGUGAUUACUGAACGUGAAUGUGUUGGAUCGUAUAUGGGUUAUCCCAUCUUCAAAAUCACGUCACUGAAGAUUUUUCCUUGUGAUCAUUCUCUCAACAACGCUCCAGAAGAACAAAAAAAGAUGGAGAUUAAAUUUUGUGAGUUGCUCAGAAUUGCUGAGAGGACACCGGGUCUUUAUUUCUCUUAUGACGUGAAUAUAACAUUGAGCACUCAGCGACUGCAUGAUCUGGGCGAGGAAUCAAAGUUGCUUCCACUGUGGAAACAAGCGGACCCUCAGUUUAUUUGGAAUAGAUAUAUCUUGGAAGUGCUCAUAGAUAACAAGCUUGAUCCGUACUUGCUUCCUGUGAUGCAAGGGAGUUUUCAGAGCUUUAAAUAUUCUAUUGGCAAAGACGUUCUUGAUCUCACACUGAUAGCACGAAGGUGCACUAGAAGAAUUGGCACUCGUAUGUGGAGAAGAGGAGCUGAUUCUGAUGGUUUUGUAGCAAACUUUGUUGAAACAGAACAAAUCAUACAGGUGAAUGGGCAUACUGCAUCUUUUGUUCAGGUUCGAGGGUCAAUUCCAUUACUGUGGGAUCAGAUUGUGGAUAUUACAUAUAAACCCAAGUUUAAUAUUAUUGAAGUUGCGGAAGUCUCUCAAGUAGUUGAGCGGCACUUUUGUGAUCUAAGAAAGAAAUAUGGAAAUGUCCAGAUUGUUAAUCUUGUCAACAAGCAUGGAGGUGAGGGAGAUCUAUGUGGAAAGUUUGGCAGAGCAAUACAAAGUCUUGCCAGAGAUGAUGUGAGAUAUAUGCACUUUGACUUUCAUCGGAUAUGUGGGGAUAAUGAUAUUGAGUGGAUUUCCAUUCUUUAUCAUCGAAUUGAGACUUAUAUGUUAAAAAACAGAUGCCUUUUAUUAAAUGAUAAGGGGGAGAAAAUUGAGAGGCAAGUUGGAGUGGUAAGAACCAAUUGUAUUGACUGCUUGGACCGUACUAAUGUUACCCAGAGCAUGAUUGCUCGUAAAAUGUUGGAAUCACAACUUCGAAGGCUUGGUGUAUUCAACACUGACGAAACUAUCAGAAGACAUCCCAAAUUGGAUCAAAGCUUUAAAAAUUUGUGGGCUAACCAUGGUGAUGACAUUAGCAUCCAGUACACUGGUACUCCUGCAUUAAAAGGAGAUUUUGUCAGAAUUGGCCAGAGGACAGUUCUAGGAAUGCUUAAAGAUGGCCGGAGUUCUCUUUUGCGGUACUACUUAAACAAUUUCCGUGAUGGUACAAAGCAGGAUGCAAUUGAUUUAUUACAAGGACACUAUAUCGUAUCCGUCUCCCGAAGUAUGCUUAAUACAAAAAAGGAAGACGGAAUUGAGGCCAUAGCUUCCAUUCAACUGGCCCUUUUGCUGGUUACGGUUGGGUUCUUUUUUGCAGCAAUUUCACUAAGGCGAGCUCGACGUGACCCGUGGAAUUUAUUAUUUUCAAUCAUGUGGACGUGUGUGAGUUUGGCGAUAGCGUCUCUCGUGAAAUCUAAGGGGCGGACUUUCUGUAACCGGCCUCGUCUGCACCCACCUAGAUAA